UUGUGUCUUUAUCUGUCGGUGCCUGUCUGUCUGUCUCUCUGGCUGUCUGUCUGUCUGUCUCUCUGCAUGUUUGUGUCUUUAUCUGUCGGUUCCUGUCUGUCUGUCUGUCUGUCUCUCUGUAUGUUUGUGUCUUUAUCUGUCGGUGCCUGUCUGUCUGUCUCUCUGGCUGUCUGUCUGUCUGUGUCUCUGCAUGUUUGUGUCUUUAUCUGUCGGUUCCUGUCUGUCUGUCUGUCUGUCUCUCUGUAUGUUUGUGUCUUUAUCGGUCGGUGCCUAUCUGUCUGUCUGUCUGUCUGUCUGUCUCUCUGUAUGUUUGUGUCUUUAUCUGUCGGUGUGUAUGUCUAUUUGUCUCUAUGUUUGUGUCUUUAUCUGUCGGUGCCUAUCUGUCUGUCUGUCUGUCUGUCUGUCUGUUUGUCUCUCUGUAUGUUUGUGUCUUUAUCUGUCGGUGCCUAUCUGUCUGUCUGUCUGUCUGUCUCUCUGUAUGUUUGUGUCUUUAUCUGUCGUGUGUAUGUCUAUUUGUCUCUCUUUAUGUUUGUGUCUUUAUCUGUCGGUGCCUAUCUGUCUGUCUGUCUGUCUGUCUCUCUGUAUGUUUGUGUCUUUAUCAGUCGGUGCCUAUCUGUCUGUCUGUCUGUCUGUCUGUCUGUCUGUUUGUCUCUCUGUAUGUUUGUGUCUUUAUCAGUCGGUGCCUAUUUGUCUGUCUGUCUGUCUGUCUCUCUGUAUGUUUGUGUCUUUAUCUGUCGGUGCCUAUCUGUCUGUCUGUCUGUUUGUCUCUCUGUAUGUUUGUGUCUUUAUCGGUCGGUGCCUAUCUGUCUGUCUGUCUGUCUGUCUGUCUGGCUCUCUGUAUGUUUGUGUCUUUAUCGGUCGGUGCCUAUCUGUCUGUCUGUCUGUCUGUCUCUCUGUAUGUUUGUGUCUUUAUCUGUCGGUGUGUAUGUCUAUUUGUCUCUCUUUAUGUUUGUGUCUUUAUCUGUCAGUGUCUGUCUGUCUGUCUGUCUGUCUGUCUAUCUAUCUAGCUAUCUAUCUAUCUGUCUGUCUGUCUGUCUGUCUAUCUUUUGUCCACUAUGUCAUGUCCACUGUUAUAUUUGAUAGCAUCCCACUACGCCAAGAUAACAUUUAUCUUUAUGCUUUGGCUAUUACACUGCAUAAAAUUGUAACUGAUAUAUACAUGAAUGAACUAGCUCCACUGGGCCCUUGACUUUGGUUUACCAUAAUGACUCACAUUUACCAAAUAAUUUGACAAAUAUAAAAAAUAUUAAAAUUAUUUUACAAAGUUGAUAUGAGAGACAAAGUGUAUGAAGAACUGUCAUGUUUUUGUGGUUCAGUGUGUCUUCCCACAGUUUAUGACACACUCUUUGAAGCGGAACGCUAACACAGCACCAACACAGGUGCAAGCAGAGUGACUGCCAUACCUUGUACAUGGGCUAAAUACAGAAAUAUUAGGCUAUGUUUUUUGCUGAUAAACUGAGAUGGCUGACAAUUAAAAAAGUUUAUUAUGUAACAUGAGCACAGAAGGCUUCAAUAAAUGUGUUUCACUGAUAAACACUCGUAAGAUUUGUAAUUUACUAUGGAUAAACACCAAAACACACACCCUGUCUCACACAUCCGUGUGAAAGCUCUCACAGGGUGUGAAUUUGUCUCUGAUUAUUUAUCUUCACCUAUUCUGUGGUGGUGGCACACAGUCAAACUCCCUCGGGCCUCCCUCACACUGUGUGUGAGGUAUAUUUAGGAAUAGUAAAUUUGCUUAUUAAUGGAUCUGACAGCAGCUACCAUUCAUUAUCCUGUGGUACAGUAUGUGUUCUCUUCUGGUCCAAACUUCUGGGUGGCUUGUGGUUAGAAUCUGGGUGUCCAUUGAAGUGGACAAUGGAGCCCAAAGAUUCCCCAGUAACAACAAGCCUGUCAGUACAUACAUUUGUUAUUCUCUGUACAUCUGUAUUUGUUAUUCUCUGUACAUCUGAAGAGGUUUUUGUAUACAUAAUUUCAAUUAGUUAGAGCCUCUGAAUCAGCCUAUAUUCUAACUUUCAUAACAUACUGUGCACAUGAAAAAAAAAAUCGUAAUCUGUAUUUUUGAAGCACUAUUGCAAAUAUAUUAAGAUUUGUUUUCUGAGAAUAAAUUGAAUUACGUUUGAAAGUCUUAAAUUUAAAACUUUAAUUCAUUUUAUUUUUCUUACGCCAUUCAUGAAAUAUUCUCUGAAAACAAGUUUUAUUAUCUUACACAAUUUUGGUUCUCAAGAAAAUGUAUCUUGUUUUAAGGAUGUUUAGAUAUUUCUAGUGGGGAAAAAGGCAAAAAUAUACUGAUUAAGGUUUUUAGAUUUCUUUUUAGACUGUACACUGAUGUUAAGCAAACUAGUUUUUAUUUUCAGAGUUUGUGCACUGUGCUCAACAAAAUUAUUUAACCCGUAAAUGGUUCUAUAUUAACCAGGACCCCAUUUCACCUCCUGUACCUCAUACAAUAUGAGUUUUGCCCCCACUUCUUUAGUAUUCCUCAACAGUUCUCUUAUGAAUAGUCUAAGAAUAAAGCAAUGCCAAAAUUGUUUAAUUACCAAACGUGUAUAGGGUCUUUAGUAGCCUGAGAUUUGUAAUAGUGUCACAAUAUAUAUUUCCACUUUUACAAAUCAUAUAUUAAAAUUAUUUCAUUAGCAGGAAAUAAAACAAAAAUAACUAAAUCAUUUUGCUUAAUUCUGAUCAAAAACGUUCCGGUUCAGAAGUUCUGCAGCCUCCUUUCCAAAUGGUUACAGGUUAGAACAGUUAAUAACGUUCUUUUUAAAAUGAUAUUCUCUGCACUAAGUUGCCAUGUUGUCAGAUCUCGCAACAGAAACAAGCAACCUGGUCUGGAAAAACAAGCCCAAAAUAAGCCGCUUGCCUCACCAAAAUAAGCGAUAAUUAUCAAGCAAUUUAUCAGCAUAGAAAUCAUAACAAGCAUAGAGUUAAUUAAAAGUUAAUUAUCAUUUUAAUUACAGAUCUGCUUUUCAACCAAAACUCGGCUGCAUCAAGUCUACAUCAGUGCAUCAAAUCUAGCAAUAAUUAACUGAAGACUUGGAAAGAAUGCAGCAUCCACAACAGUCAGUUAUACAAAGAAAUGUGAUGAGUGUGACGAUGCAGCAGUUUCCUUCAGGACGUGUUUCUUUUUUUCAGGCAAUAUGAAGUGGUGAAGUUCCAAAGAUUUACUGUGAUAAACACUUUGGCCUUUGGUUUCGAAAUAAAAUUAUUGGAAUGAAAUUAACCAGUUAUAACUGGUUACCAUUAUUUAAAAUAAAGUUUUCACUCUGGAACAAUUGAAAAUCACUUUGUUCCCAUUUUCGGUUACAUUCUGCAAAGAACAUUUACAUUUACAUUUAUGUAUUUAGAAGACGCUUUUAUCCAAAGCAACUUACAGUGCACUUACAGGGACAAUCCCCCCAGAACAACCUGCCUUGCUCAAGGACACAAUGGUGGUGGCGGUUCCUUAAACCGUUUUCAGUGCCCGUAAUUAAGUUUACAAUCAGAUGAUAUCUUUUUCUUUGUUUAUUACAUUUGUAUAAGAAAAAUUAGUGCCAUAUUUUAUACAAAUGACUAGCACAUCAUGACAAUUUUCUGUGCAGUUGUGGCGAAUGAUCAGUAUAAGUGAUUGACUUGAUUUUCAUUUGACAUUUCUUCGACGAAGAUGCAACAUGGAAGUAAACUAUAGCAAGUACAACACAUGAACAGUAUGAUAUGUCUGUUGACAUUUGGUUGUACUACUGAAAAGUUGUGUGUCUAUUUAGACUUAUAUAGCUUGUGUGUAACUUAUGUGUUAAGUGUUGCUCAAUUUGCUUUGACCGCCAGUCAGUCUGGAAGUAAUGAAUCCCAUUCUAUCAUUUGUUGCAUCAUCUCUUUGUAUAUACUAAAAAUAAAA